AUGAGUUAAUAUGGAAAGGCAGAUUACUGGGAAGAAAGAUAUACAAGAGAUCCUGAACCGUUUGAUUGGUAUUAAAGGUUUUAAGGAAUAAAAUAAUUUAUAGUUCCUUAUUUGACGGCAGAAUCUCGAAUUUUAAAUGUAGGAGCUGGUAAUUCGCGUUUAAGUGAAGAAUUAUUCGAUGAAGGAUAUACUUAUAUUACAAAUAUAGAUAUUUCACAAGUAGUAACAAAACAAAUGCAGGAAAAAUAUAAAGAUAAACCAAGUACUUUUAAAUACAUUAUGAUGGAUGUAAAAAUUAUGGAUUUGCCUAAUAGCUCUUUUGAUAUAGUAAUUGACAAAGGAACUCUAGAUUCAGUUAUUUGCGGUGAAAAUACUGUUACAAAUGCAAUGAAAGCAUUAACAAACAUAAGUCAAAUUUUGAAACCAAAUGGUAUUUAUAUUUGUAUUUCUUAUGGAUAGCCUGAUCAUAGAUUGUUAUAUUUAGAUAAAUAAAAAUACGGAUGGAUUAUAUCAGUUGAAUAAGUCCAUAAACCUACUAUUAGCACCUCUAUUUAAUUAACUAGUGAAGAUAAAGAUUCUCCUAAUGUACAUUAUAUCUACAUUUGUAAAAAGGGUUAAAACAGAACCGAUUAAGAUAAUAAUUGA